GGUUAAGUCUAGAGUCUUCUCUUAGUUGCCUAGGUAGAGGCUGAAAGGAGAACAAAGCAGUAGAUACUCAGCAUCCCUAAGAGCUACUCAUACGUCUUCAGUUCAAUGGUCACUACAAUCUUUUACAAGUAAGCAGUUUCACUAUGUGACUAUCCACUAAAAUCAGCACAGUGAUUAUUGACUACAACGCCCGACACAAUGAGCAUCACAGCAUCCACUUGUGGCAGCCCAAGCUCUUCUGAAAGCCUCCCUAAUGGUGACUUGUUCAAAGAACUUUGGUCAAAACUGAAGGAAUGCCACGACAAGGAUUUACAAGAACUGCUUAUGAAAAUUGGCAAACUGAAGAAAGAAAGAUGUCUUGAUGCACAAAGGCUGGAAGAGUUUUAUACAAAAAACCAACAUCUAAGAGAGCAGCAGAAGACACUGCAUGACACGAUUAAAGUUCUUGAAGACAGACUCCGAGCUGGACUAUGUGAUCGUUGUACAGUAACUGAAGAGCACAUGAGGAAGAAGCAGCAGGAGUUUGAAAACAUUAGGCAACAAAAUCUUAAACUCAUCACAGAGCUCAUGAAUGAUAAGAACGCUCUCCAGGAUGAAAAUAAAAGGCUUUCCGAGCAGCUCCAUGACAUGCAGAAAAAUAGGCACAGGCGGAAGAGCGAUGAAGAGAAUCCAGCAGAUACAGGAGAUGGUGAAGAUGGUGUUAUCCCUGACUCACCACUUAGUACCUUUUCUCUGAGCAUGGUGAGCAGAAUGCGGAGAAAAAAAGAGAACAAGCACGUCCGUUACACGGAACAAACACAAGAAGACGCAUUGACAUUUGAUCGCAAGAUCAGCUCUGGGACCAGGCCUCAAAUAUCCACUCAAGUCAACAUGAGAAAAGGAGAGGAUGUCUUGGUGGCUGAAACACUAGAACUUGCCCCUCUUCCAAAUAAAUAUGAAGUGUGUACAGAGAAGCCGGUGUUCAACCUGGCGACUGUUGUUGCAGAAACACUUGGCCUUGAUGCUAUGGAGGAAUCUCAGUCCCAGAGUGUAUUUAAUCAGCCAGGGAUCACCUGUGCCCCACUGUUUCAUAAGAGUGAAGAUUCCUCCCCACGGCAAGUCAAAGUUGAAUUCACUGAAGGUUCUAUGGAAGGGUUUCAGACUAACGAUGAUGACACGGAAUGGAAUAGAAGGGAAGCAUCACCUGUUUUUGGAGAACCUGUGAGAAACAUAAGGAGAGGCACAGACAUGGACUGUAGUUCUCCCCCCUUACCAGUUGGAUUGAGCAGCAAAUUGAAAUCCCAUUGUUCUAGAAACGCACCAGAUUUUUCUGUACAUGCAAAGGCAGAAGAUGGAGCACUGUUAACUCGUCUCAGCCAUUGCAUAGAGACAGAUUCCGUAAUUAGCCAAUGUUCAAGCAACAGGCAAGAUGUCUUGAGGCCCAGUCCAAACAAAUCAGAUGCUCAGAUGGGCAAAUACAUUUUUGACAGUGAGCAACAUAAGCAGACAGGGAACAGAUAUGUAAAAAGAAAAAAUGCGGAAGCAGAGCAAGAGGAAAGCUGUGAAUCCUCAUUUGAUAAAGAAAACAAUAUCCCUCUAAAAGACAUUAGUGGAGCAAGACAUAGCAUGCUGGACAAGCCCCUUGAUCUUUCUGACCGUUUUUCAGUGCUCAGACCACAGGACAGAAGUCAUGAAAGCAGCAGUAGAACAAAGCUAACCAUUUCACUGGUACCAGAGAAGCCUGACACCAAAACAAUAUUGCACAUAGACUUAAAGGAGAACCUUCACCAGCAAACAAGACAGAAAAAAGUAUUUGUGUCUGGGUUAGUAGAACAUAGUGCCUUCAAUUUGCAUGAAGAUAAUGAAGUAACAGAGGAAGACAAUAAGCCUUUUCAUGAUUCAGAGACAGAAAUCAUGUGUCAUGUGCCAAAAAGAAAACCAAGAGCAGUGCACAGAGGUGUACAGCCGACAUCUGUCCUUCAGCCAAACCUACAUAUGGUUCAUGCUUGCCUGGAAUCUCAAGGGAGGCCACCAAUAGAUAACAUGCAGUGGAGCAUUGAUCCAGGGGCUGACCUUUCACAGUAUGAAAUGGACAUGACCAUGGAAGAUUCUAAGAGUGGGAGCCCUGCAAAGCCAGAGCUGGAGGAUAUGGAUUACACGUAUGUGAAUGAAAGUUGCCUGUUAAAAAUGAAGAUGGGGGAUCCAGAUGACAGUGAAGCAGAAAGCAAAGAUCAAGACAGCUUUGGAGAGAUGUUUGACAAGACUGAGUAUGGGGAAUAUGCGUCGUACAUUAAAGACAAGAGCCCUUCCCAAAGCAUCAGUUGCAAAGAAAGAAGCGAUAUACCUUCUAUUGAGAAUAAAAAAAUCACAAGUGAAAAAGAACAUGAAUCUAAAGGAGAGCCCUAUCAGAAGCAGAAGGCGUUUGUGGAGCCAUAUUUCCAAAGACCUGAACGAAAAAAGCCUGCAAUUGAUUUUCCUCACAUUGAAGUUGUUCGCAACAAAGAAGAGAGACGAAAAAUGCUUGGGCAUACUUGCAAAGAGUGUGAAUUAUACUAUGCCGACCUUCCAGAGGAAGAGAGAGCAAAGAAGCUGGCUUCUUGCUCAAGGCACCGAUUCCGAUACAUUCCACCAAGCACCCCUGAGAAUUUUUGGGAGGUGGGAUUUCCUUCUACGCAAACAUGCAAAGAUAGAGGCUACAUUAAAGAAGAACUCUCUCCUUGCCAACGCCCUCGAAGAAGACAACCUUACAAUGCUAUAUUUACAUCGAAGAUUAAAGAGCAGAAGACCUAAACCCCACAACAACUGUUUUAUACCUAGAUAUUCAAAUAUCAGAUUUUAAGCAGUCUUGCAUAUUAAGCAGCCUUGGCUAAUUAUGCAAAGUUUUAGCUCUAAUGUGAGUACAUUCUGAGAUGAAGGGUUAUGUCUUCAUGAGAAUUUCACAUUUAAAGGAGAACUGCUGUUGCUGAAUGCACCCAAACUGUUAUGAAUGUUUAAUUAUUUUUCACAAAUAAUUAUUUUUUCCUUAUAGUUUUUGAGAUGCUUAUUAGAGUGCUUCCUCAACCUAACUUUCUCCUACUGUAAGCACAGUUGCUAAUUUCUGCCUCAUGCUAGAAUCAGACAGAGCAGUUAAUGAGCAACACAAGUGUGUUGUUUGUAGCUGGAACAAAAUAAUGUUUAGGUUUAGGAAAAUGGUUAACUACUUAAAGACAGAAUUAACAAAGAUUAUGCGUGAAACAGAUUUAUUAACCAUCCACUGCAACUUAAUUAUUUUUAUAAUUGCAGCAGUUUCCCUUUAACAGAGUGCUUAACCUGUGUCAUGCACAGAGUGAUGUAAUAAGCUUUUUGUACCAGAAAUAUAUGUCAUUUAAAAAAAUUAGAUGUAUGUAAUUGUAUCUGCCUUCAGAUAUGGAGGAAAUUACUUGAAAUGUGUUAGGGAUUUGAAUAGGCUCAUUUAUUAGGGAGUCCAUGUUCUGUUUAGGAAGCAGCAAGGGCAGCCAGUAUCCAUACACUUAACUUACAGGUUUGGUGUGUCAGUGUACUCAUGCUGCACUUCUUGUCGGUCCAAAGAAACCUUUCCUAAUAUGGACCUGACUUAUGACUUAAAGUGAUUGUCAGCACUUGCUUUGCAACAAUGCUUCAAACAGUAGUUGCAAUGCUACGUUUUAGAGGGUAGAUGUGAAAAUAUUCACCACUACUGUAUAUAUACUUUUUGCAUCUGCCAUGGUGGGGGCAUUCACUAGAACAGUGAAAUAAUUGACUUUGCUAUGGUACGGAGUCCCAGGUAGUGCACUUUCUACUUCUAGAAACACUAGAAAUGUCUGUUUGCUUUUUCACCAGUUCGCAACCAAAAAAAUAUAUAAAUGGGGUUUUUAGCACCUUUUUAACUAGUAGGGUGCUGUGUUUUGCACUGUUGAAAUAAAUAAAGAUUUGUAAUACAAGUAUAAUAAAUAAUAAAAAUGUGAACAAAAA